AUGAUUACCAACGACCACGAUCGUCGCAAGCAAAUCAGUGUCCGCGGAAUCGCACAAGUCGAGAACGUCAGCAACAUCAAGAAGGCGUUUAAUCGCCACUUGCACUUUUCGAUCAUCAAGGAUCGUAAUGUUGCUACCGAGCGCGAUUACUAUUUUGCGCUUGCGAACACCGUUCGUGAUCAUUUGGUGAGCCGCUGGAUCCGCACCCAACAGCAUUACUAUGACAAGGAUCCAAAGCGUGUUUACUACUUGUCGCUUGAGUUCUACAUGGGAAGAACCCUCUCGAACACGAUGAUGAAUCUCGGUUUACAAGCUACCGUUGAUGAGGCUCUUUAUCAGCUUGGUCUUGACAUCGAAGAGCUUCAAGAGAUUGAGGAAGAUGCCGGACUUGGAAACGGAGGACUCGGAAGAUUGGCGGCGUGCUUCCUCGAUUCAAUGGCCACUCUUGGAAUUCCAGCGUACGGAUAUGGACUCCGUUACGAGUACGGAAUCUUCAAGCAACUCAUCCGCGACGGAUGGCAAGUUGAGGAGCCUGAUGACUGGCUUCGUUUCGGAAACCCAUGGGAGAAGGCGCGUCCGGAGUAUAUGCUCCCGGUCAACUUCUAUGGAAAAGUUGUCAAGGACGAAAAGGGAAAAUCGAUAUGGGUUGAUACCAAUGUCGUUUUUGCUAUGCCUUACGACACUCCGGUCCCAGGAUACAAGAACAACAUUGUGAACACACUUCGUUUGUGGUCGGCUAAGGCUGAGAACCAUUUCCGUUUGAAAUUCUUUAACGAUGGAGACUACGUUCAAGCUGUCAUGGACCGUAAUCUUUCGGAGAACAUUACUCGUGUUCUUUACCCGAAUGACAAUAUGUUCCUCGGAAAGGAGCUUCGUUUGAAGCAGCAAUACUUCUUGGUCGCUGCUACUCUUCAAGAUAUCAUCCGCCGUUUCAAGUCGUCAAUCUACGGAAACCGCGAGGUGACCCGUGUCAACUUCGACACAUUCCCGGACAAGGUCGCCAUUCAACUCAACGACACCCAUCCAUCGAUCGGAAUUCCGGAGCUCAUUCGUCUGCUCGUCGAUGUCGAGGGAUUAUCGUGGGAUCAGGCAUGGGACAUCUGCGUUAAGACCUACGCAUACACCAACCACACACUCUUGCCAGAGGCGCUUGAGAGAUGGCCAGUCUCGCUCAUGCAGAAUCUUCUCCCAAGACAUCUCGAAAUCAUCUAUGAGAUCAAUCAGAAGUUCAUGGAGUCACUUUCUGCCAAAUAUCCCGGAGACUUUGACCGUAUGCGUCGCAUGUCAAUUGUCGAAGAGGCUGAUCAAUUCGGCGAGAAGCGCAUCAACAUGGCUCAUUUGUGCAUUGUUUCAUCGCAUGCCAUCAAUGGUGUCGCUGCUCUCCACUCUGAGCUUUUGAAGACCACCACGUUCAAAGACUUCGAUGAGUUCUUCCCGGGAAGAUUCCAGAACAAGACCAACGGAAUUACCCCAAGAAGAUGGCUUCUUUUGUCCAAUCCGUCACUCGCCGACCUUAUCGUCGAGAAGAUUGGAGAGUCAUGGAUCACGAAUCUUGAUGAACUUCAGAAACUCAAGGAGUUCACCAACGACUCUGGAUUCCUUGACUCGAUUAGACGUGUCAAGCUUGAAAACAAGCAACAUGUUGCUCAAUACUUGUCCGAAGAAUACAAUGUUACGAUCAACCCAGCAUCGUUGUUCGAUGUCCACGUCAAACGUAUCCAUGAGUACAAACGUCAACUUCUCAACAUUCUUCACGUCAUCGCUCUUUACAAUCGCAUAAAAGCUGAUCCAAACAUCGACAUGGUCCCACGUACCGUUCUCUACGGAGGAAAGGCUGCUCCAGGAUACCACAUGGCCAAGCAGAUCAUUCGUUUGAUCACUGCUGUUGCUGAGGUUGUUAACAACGACGCUAUUGUUGGAGAUCGCCUUAAGGUCAUCUUCCUCGAGAACUAUCGUGUCUCGAUGGCAGAGAAGAUCAUCCCAGCUGCUGACUUGUCUGAACAGAUCUCUACCGCUGGAACUGAAGCAUCUGGAACCGGAAACAUGAAGUUCAUGCUGAACGGAGCUUUGACCAUUGGAACUCUCGACGGAGCCAAUGUUGAGAUGGCGGAAGAAAUGGGAAAUGACAACAUCUUCAUCUUCGGAAUGAACGUCAAUGAGGUUGAAGCGCUCCAGAAGCGCGGAUACUCCAGCCAGGAGUUCAUCGCCAAGAGCCCAGUUCUUCAGCAAAUUGUCGACCAAAUUGAGAGUGGAAUGUUCACCCCUGAGGAUCCAGGACAGCUCCGCGAUCUCUCGAACAUGCUUCGCUUCCAUGAUCGCUUCAUGGUGUGCGCUGACUUCGACGCCUACGUCGCCAUGCAAGACAAGGUCUCUGCUACUUUCCGCGAUCAACAGACUUGGUCGCGUAUGGCGUUGCACAACAUCGCAUCGACUGGAAAGUUCUCCACUGACCGCACCAUUGCCGAAUAUGCGCGCGAAAUCUGGGGUAUCGAGCAAUUCGAGACGAGCUUGCCAGCUCCAUACGAAAAUGAGACAAAGAAUGACUAA